CCUCGGGAUCAUCUCCAAGUCGUACCCGACAGCCGGGCCGCGAGACGGUUCGGCACAGGAACCGUACGAAUUGGAGCGGAUCCGAAUCCAGUCGCUUCUCUUCGGCGAUAAGAAGGAAGAAAGAAGUUCGAAAUCCGUCGUCAAAUGGCUGGCGUCGUCGCUUUCUCUGCCCGUCCUCCGUCAUGCACUUCCCACUGCCGACCGAAGCUUCACUCCGUCCUCCAAUGGCGCGGGUUGCACUGUGGCUCAUCCAAAUUCCCAUCGACCGCUCCGGCGCCGCUCCUCCUCGCUCACCCCCUUGGGAGAACCCGCCCCGAUUCCACUCCCAGAGCCUCAGUCGGGAGCGCCGAUUAUGUCGUGGAGCCCGGGACGAGUGUUAAGUUCCCCAAGGAGUUGCAGGUUCCAGGCUGCUCCAGCUCUUUGGUUCUACUUGGCACAGGCUAUAGGGAGAAGGUCUUUGCCAUUAUUGGUGUCAAGGUGUAUUCUGCUGGUUUCUAUGCCGAUUUGUCUAUCAGGAAUACAUUUGACAGCUGGAAAGGGAAAUCAUCGACUGAACUUUUAGAGGAUUCCUCAUUGUUCAGUUCCAUCUUCCAUGCACCUUUGGAGAAAUCACUAAAUAUCAUGCUAGUUAGAGACGUUGAUGGUAAAACUUUUUGGACUGCCUUGGAUGAUGUUAUUUCUCCGAGAAUCAAGAAGCCAACGGCCGAUGACGAAUCCACACUAUCAACUUUCCAAAACACCUUUCAAGGGCGUGAUCUUAAAAGAGGAACUAUGAUAGUUUUGACCUGGGUGGAGCCAUCGAAAAUGCUGAUUUCCAUCUCGUCUAGUGGGUUUCCUUCAAAUGUUGAUGCUGAAAUCAAGUCCAUGAAUGUCAACUUGGCACUUUAUGAUGGGUUCUUCGGAGAUAAUCCUGUUUCCCCUACUUUAAAGGCCUCGGUUGCUGAUGGGUUGAGAAUGUUGCAUGGUUAGCUCCAAAUUCAGGUACGCGUGUGUGUUCUCAAUCAAAGUGAUUCUUAUUUUAUUUUGCACAACUACAAAUGC